AUGACAAAAUUACAAGAAAUGCAUCAGAACGACCAUGGUUCAUACACUGAAAUUGCUGAAGAAAAAGAAAUUCUUAAGAUAACUACUGCUACAAAACUUUGUGUCGUACAUUUCUUUCACAAAGAAUUUCGAAGAUGUCAGAUUAUGGACAAACAUCUUACGACAAUCGCCAUUCGUCAUUUUAAAACAAAAUUUGUAAAAAUAAAUGUCGAAAAUGCACCUUUUUUGGUUGAAAAACUCGCGAUACAAGUUUUGCCUUGCGUCAUAUCUUUUAUAGACGGAAUUUCUGUGGAUAGGAUCAUCGGUUUUGACGAUCUUGGAAACACUGAUUCAUUUACGACAGCAGCACUCGAACUUCGAUUAUCUCAAAGUG